CCCUGGCUGGGUACUGGGAUACUGGGGUGCAGGUGGGGUGGAGAUUGGGGACCCACGGUGGGGCCAGCGUGGGGCAGAUGUGGGUCCGUGAGGGUCUGGCUGCAGCCCCCCCGUGCCCCCCCCAGGCUGGAGUGGUUCUCGGAGCUGGGGCUGCGCUGGCACGCGCUGCCAGCCGUGGCCAACCUGCUGCUGGAGAUCGGGGGGCUCGAGUUCCCCGCGGCCCCGUUCAACGGCUGGUAUAUGGGCACCGAGAUCGGCUCCCGCAACCUCUGCGACCGCCACCGCUACAACAUCCUGCCCGAGGUGGCCCAGCGCAUGGGGCUGGACACGGGGACCAGCUCCUCCCUCUGGAAGGACCGGGCGGCCGUGGAGGUGAACGUGGCCGUGCUGCACAGCUUCCAGGUGGCCCAGGUGACCAUCGUGGACCACCACGCGGCCACCGAGUCGUUCGUGAAGCACCUGGCGGCGGAGGGGCGGGCGCGGGGGGGGUGUCCCGCGGACUGGGCCUGGAUCGUGCCCCCCCUCUCGGGCAGCCUCACCCCCGUCUUCCACCAGGAGAUGGUCAACUACCAGCUGCGGCCCACCUUCCGCUACCAG